AUGGCCGAUGCCAGUGCAUCAGGACCCUCCGUUGACACGCAGGGAGCGUCCGACCUCCCUGCCUCGCCGGUGCCCAAGGAGGAGGGUCACCAUGAACUCCCCAAGCUGUUUCAUCCCAUCGAGGAUGAUUCUCUUUCGCCGCGGGCAUCCAAAAAACGUCGGCUUGAUGAACCGGAGGACUCCGUAGCGGAAACGACAACGACAACACCACCGUCCCAGCAACCUCAAGAGCAAACCCGGGAACCGUCGCAGCAAACGGAGCAGAGCCAGUUCCAGCAACAACACACGAAUCUUCUUCCUGGUGCUGGAGACCAGAUUGAAGAAGAAUUGGCAUCGGCCCUUGCCGCGGGGGUCGUCGAUUCGGUGGAAACUGCGGAUAGCAAGAAUGGUCAGACCGAGAUCGGAGCAAGUCCUGUGCAAGAGCAAAACACGAAUAUCGACUCGGACGUAGCUACUGUCAUCUCGAACAUCAUGAAUCAUUCCGAGCGUGUCGAGGAGCAGUGCGCCAUGGGUCCCCAGCAGUUGCCGGAUUUGUCCGGUCAGGGCGCUCCCAAGGGGAUGGUUUUUGUCAAGGCCAAUUCGCAUCUAAAAAUUCAGAGUUUACCCAUUCUUGAUAAUCUGUCCACGCAAAUUCUGUCGCUGCUGGCCAAGUCCACGUACCAAGAUAUUACCUCCUUCGUAUCUGAGCCGGAGUCGGAGAAUGGUCAGGCGUACGCUACGAUGCGGUCACUGUUUGACCACACAAAAAAGGUCUAUUCAACCAAGAAAUCGUUCCUCUCGCCCACGGAGCUCGAGCUCACUGAACCUUCGCAAGUCGACAUCAUCCGCAAAGCAAACCUGGCAUCGUUUGUCUCCAGCAUCUUUGGUACUCAGGAGAUCAGCUUCUCUGAGCUCAAUGAUAACUUUCUCGACGUAUUUGUCCCCGAAGGUGGACGGCUUCUCAAACAGCAAGGUGCCCUUUUUCUUGAGAUGAAGACUCAAGCGUUCAUCGCGUCGAUGAACAACACCGAACGUACCCGCACCGAAUUGCUUUAUACUUUGUUCCCAGAUAAUCUUGAGCAGCAACUCCUUGACAGACGACCCGGGACGCGUCAGCUGGCUCCGAGCGAAACCGACUUUGUCAACCGUGCACAUUCGCGCCGUGAGAUAUUGCUUAAUGAUAUCAACAAUGAGGAGGCCAUGAAAGCUUUACCAGACAAAUACCACUGGGAGGACUUUCUCCGGGACCUCAGCUCGUAUAUUACAAAGAACUUUGAUACCAUCAACAACCAACAGUCAAAGAAGAUCACAAAAGGACGGCAACCAUCUUCAUCAAAUGGUGAUUCUGAGCCGCCUAGUGCGCCUCUUCAGAGCCAGUUUCCUGUCGCCACGCAGGCGCCGGAGGUCCCAGUCGAUAAAAACAUGCACGGUGACCUGGUUGCCCGUGCCGCCAGAGCUGCGCAGAUUGCGCUGCAGGGUCACGGGCUCAGACGUUCUCAGCAGCAGGCACAGCAGGCCCAGCAGCAACAAGCCCAGCAGCAACAAGCCCAGCAGCAGGCCCAGCAGCAGGCCCAGCAGCAGCAACAGGCUCGGCAGCAGGCUCAGCAAUAUCAGCAGCAGCAGCAACAGCAACAGCAACAGCAACAACAGCAACAACAGGCUCAGCAGCAGGCGCCCCAGCAGGGCAUCCAGAUUCUACAAGGAUAUACCCCCGCGCAGCAACCCUACCAGAGCAGCCCAGCUCCUUCAGGAUAUCAACAGUCUCAGACAUAUAACUUCCAACAGAGCCCAAUGCAGACAAACUUCCAGCAGUACAACCACCCCUCGCCGUCGCCAAUACCCGGUCGACCUAACUCGUCUACUGCCAACCACGGCUACAUGCCCGGCAUUCCCCACUACUCUCAAUCUCAGCCGACACAAGUUCUCUAUGAGCGGGCUCGGAUGGCCGCAUCCGCCAAAUCCUCGCCCAGCAGCCGCAAGUCUGGCCUUCCCAGUCAACGCCGCCCAUGGACGACUGAAGAAGAAAACGCCCUCAUGGCUGGCCUUGACCGCGUCAAGGGACCCCACUGGAGUCAGAUCCUGGCCAUGUUCGGCCCCGGCGGUACGAUUAGCGAAGCUCUCAAGGAUCGCAACCAGGUACAACUUAAAGAUAAAGCUCGAAACCUGAAGCUCUUCUUUCUUAAGAGUGGGAUUGAGGUGCCAUACUACCUCAAAUUCGUCACGGGUGAGUUGAAAACGCGUGCUCCAGCACAAGCCGCCAAACGUGAGGCCCGCGAGCGCCAGAAGAAACAAGGGGAGGAGGAUAAGGCACAUGUCGAGGGGAUCAAGGGCAUGAUGGCCCUGGCGGGGGCGCAUCCGCAGCAGGUCGGCCAUCCUCAUCAUGGAGUUCCUGGAGUUCCGCACCACGGCCACGAGAGCAUGUCUGCGUCGCCGAUGCCGCCAGAUCCAAACUUUGAUCAGACGGCGGAGCAAAAUCUCAUGCAGACGCUGGGAAAGGAAGUCCAUGGAGAGUCAUUCGGGCAGCCUGGGCAGCCUGGGCACCCGGGGCAUCAUCCUGAGAAUAUGCAUAUGGGGCAAUGA